GACGUAACACAAUCACCAAGGCUUGCAUGUUGUCAUCAAGCCGCUAAAAGCCACUGACUAUCGUUAGCAAAGACGAGCCUAGAGAUUGCCAGAGCUUGAGGAGACACCAAUCUCCUUCAGGUCUUCUGUUUGGGAACACUACAACAGCAGUGGAGAAAGGCAAGUGACGUCAGUGUUCAGCUUUCACAUUCACCUUUAAGUUUUGUUCAUAGUUUCGGUGCAGCAAUGUUGAGGAUUAUUUUUGCAAUGUCUUACCAAUACCAAUAUUCCCAUUACCAAUCCAGGCCUGAGUAACGCGGCGGCGUCUGCUCUGUCGUCUUGCUCUAACCACGGCUGGCACCAUCUUGACAUGUUUGGGAUCAGAGGUCCACAAGCAUCCCCUAAAAACCAGGCUCCUAUUGGAUGACCCCAGCUUUCGAUCACACUGCUGUCCACUCAUAUUUGUCAUUCAUCAUCUACUGUAUUUUCCUCUAAAUAGGACCGUCAUUUACAGAAUCGCAUCAUGGUAUUCUGGAAAAAUAGCUAAAAAAAAAGAGACCAUUAUCAGGAACAUUAUUUUUAUUAUUUUUUACAUACAUUUUUUUAUGUAUAUUCCAUGUGCUCUCAAACAAAACUCCUCCUUCUGAAGCCUUGAGAUUUGCAAUUUGCAACUACAGGUUCAUCGGUGUCACCUGUUUUCAACUACAUUGUCUUAGUGUCAUUUGUUUUUGACUUGAAUGACAAGUCUACCACAAAGAUGUUUUUGUUUGUGUGCAAAUAAUCGAUGCAAAGUCCUGUCCUCAUAAACCCUGAACCUUUAGUGACACCCAUCCAGACCAGAGAACAAUCCUGCUACAUGCUAUGCUACAGAGCAAUGAACAUGACAAGAAUCAACUUCUUCAUUUUUCUUUGUACAGCUGUGGAGGCAGACAUAGGAAAACACGUUUUUAUUCCAGAGAAGAAAGAUUGGGAAACAGCUCGAUCUUACUGUAGACAGCAUUACACUGAUCUUUCCAUGGUUUAUAGCCAGAGUGACCAAGACAAGCUUUCAGAAGCUGCAGGUGGAAACUAUCGUAAGGGAUGGAUCGGUCUCUACCGAGACGCAAACGACACAUGGCAUUGGUCAAUAGGGGGAGAGGUCCCAUACGAAAAUUGGAAUAGCUCUCAACCAAAUAAUGAUUUGAAUAUACAGGACACUGUAUUCAUCCACUCAUCUGGAAAGUGGAAUGAUUUUCAAAGGAGUGAAAAACUGGAUUUUUACUGCUUCAGCAUAACUGUGGUGGAAAUGAGAAGUACCUGGGAGGAGGCUCUAGAGCACUGCAGGGAGACAUAUACUGAUCUUCCCAGCCUGCUCUCUGAGACAGACCGUCACCUGGGCCAGAGAGAAAUCAACAAAGCCCAGAUCACUGACCCAGUGUGGAUUGGCCUGCGUUUUCUGAGUGAUCGCUGGAUGUGGACGAACAAUGACUCUCUGGUGUAUGAAGACUGGCCCGAAGGAGACGACCACCGGUGUCCAGAGCGAAAACGCUGUGGUGCUCUAACCACAGAUAAAAUGUGGGUGAACUUGGACUGUCAGGAUAAAUUACCCUUCAUCUGCAUCUGAGAAAUUCACCAUAUUUGCUUGUAAAUGGCUUUAAAUCAAUUGUUUCACUGUCGUUUAUUCCAGGAACGAAACGUUAAAAUACAGAAUAUGUAGGCAUCAGGUGUAUUUAAAGUAAAA